GCUACUUUGACCGCGGCGGAGCUCAUUGGCUGUCACUGUGUGUGUGUGAAGUUGCAUAAUGAGUAGGACAUCAGCUCUGCCACAAGUUUGCUGAAGAAGGUCUCACUUUCAGCCUGUUUUACACACUUCUGGAGCAGUUUUAGAGAGGUGUUUCAGCAUGAUAACGGUGGUGUUCAGCAGCGUUGUAGCGGGACUUGUAGCUCUUCUUCUCUACCAGAGGAUGGCUUAUCCCUUCUUCUGGGUGGAUCUGAUUUACUACCUCAAACGUCGGAGGUACGGGAAAACUAUGCAGGCUCGCAUGAAGCAAGGGAUCAUCACAUACCUCGACUGUUUUCUCCACCAGGCGAGGAAGAACCCGAACAAACCCUUCAUCAUCUUCGAAAGCCAGACCCUGACUUACCAGGAUGUGGACAGUAGGAGUAACCGGAUAGCGAACGCGUUCAGGGCGCACGGCUCUCUGAAACAAGGGGACAUUGUUGCCCUGUUAAUGUGCAACGAGCCGGACUUUAUCUGCGUGUGGCUGGGUCUGUGCAAGCUGGGCUGUGAGGCGGCCUUUCUGAACGUCAACAUUAAGGCCAGGUCCCUGCUGCACUGCUUCCAGAGCUGCGGGGCCAGGGCCCUGGUGGUGGGCGCAGAUUUGGUGCAUUUGGUGGAGGAGGUGCUGCCAGAUCUGAAGAAGGACAACAUGGCGCUGUGGGUGGUGGAUCACACGGCCCCAUCGGAGGAGUUCACCAGUUUACUCGAUAAGAUAGACGACAUGUCCGGAGAACUCUUGAGUGACCUUCCUAAAGUCAACGUCAUGUCCAACUUCCUGUUCAUUUUCACUUCAGGCACCACAGGUCUCUCCAAGGCGGCCCGGGUCGGUCACCUGAAAGCCAUCAUGAGUAUGGCCUUCUUUGAGAUGUGCGGAGCCACACCUGAUGACAUCAUCUACAUCACCCUCCCUCUGUACCACAUGUCUGCCUCCCUGCUGGGGAUCGGAGGAUGCAUACAGCUCGGUGCGACGUGUGUCUUAAAGAAGAAGUUUUCUGCCAGUCAGUUUUGGAAGGACUGUGUGAAGCACGACGUGACGGUGGUGCAGUACAUAGGAGAGCUCUGCCGAUACCUCUUGAACCAGCCCACAGUCCCAGAGGAGAGAGCUCACCGGGUCCGGCUGGUCGCAGGAAGUGGACUCCGCUCUGAUGUUUGGAGGCAGUUUGCGCAGCGCUUCGGCAAGAUAAAGAUCAGAGAGGGUUACGGUCUGACGGAGGCCGGCAUCGGCUUCCUCAACUACACCGAGGAGGCCGGACCGAUCGGCCGGGCCGGCUACUUCAACAAGCUGUCCAUGCCCUUUGAGCUCCUCAGACACGACCCAGUGACAUACGAGGCGGUCCGGACCCCCUCUGGGAGAUGCAUUCGAGCUCAGAAAGGAGAAGCAGGGAUCCUGGUGGCUCCGCUCACAGCCAUGAACCAGUUCCUGGGCUACGCGGGGAACCAGGUGCAGUCUGAGAAGAAGCUGCUCAGGGGCCUCUUCAAAGAUGGCGAUGUCUACUUCAACACCGGAGACCUGCUGCUGCACGAUGACCGGGACUUCCUGUACUUCAGGGACCGCAUCGGAGACACCUUCAGGUGGAAAGGAGAGAAUGUUUCCACCACUGAGGUGUCAGAGGCUUUAGGUCUUCUUGAUUUCAUCCAGGAGGCCAACAUCUACGGAGUCACCGUCCCAGGAAAUGAAGGUCGUGCAGGUAUGGCUGCUAUCGUCUUGAAACAGGACCACAAAUUAAACGGAUCAGAACUCUACGAGCAUUUAGUAAAAACCCUUCCUGCCUACGCCUGGCCGAGGUUUCUCAGGAUACAGACCGCCUUGGACGUGACGGAGACGUUCAAGCAGCAGAAGGUGAAGCUGGUCCAGGAGGGCUUCGAUCCGGACGUCACUCAGGACCUGCUGUACUUCUUAGACGUCUCUCGGAAAGAUUACACCCUCCUGACUGUGUCUCUGUAUCAGGACAUUGUGAAUGGGAAGAUCAAUGUAUGAACACUUUAAAGUAGAAGUGGUUGUUGCCAUAUUGUGGUUUAUAAUCAGCGCCACAAACUAAGCUGUAUUUUAAACAAUUAGACUUUAAGAUGUGUUACUUACUCACUGUGAACCGGCCGGAGCUUUUAUUCACCUCAACUUCUUAAGUUUUGUCCUGCUCCUGUUUUAAUUUUUUACUUUUGAUUCAAACCAUACACUAACUCCACGUUUACAUCUGGAUAAGUUAAGUGCAAUUUACACAUAAAAGCACUAAUUCCAUGAUUCAUGACGCUCUCGCCUGUUGUUUUUAACUUUGCUUUCUCUUUUCUCUAUCACUAGUGUGGUAGUUAUGUUGAAAUUCGAUUCGAUUGAUGGGCAUACAUUUCAUUACAUGGUAUAAGCGAAACAGGUGGGUCUUCAGUAUGCUGUCCUGAUACCAGUGGGAAGGCGUAUCUUUGUUGGGGUCUACCUGGUUCCACUUCGCAUUGAGUGAGUAGCAAGCCGAUUGUGUUGGAUAUAGGAAGGACCAGUACCAGUGACUUGAAGAGAGUGAAGGAGAGGUGUAGUGUGGGAGAACAUGGGGGGGUUGAAGACCAGUAUCCUCCUGAUGUUGAAGAUCUUGUAUUACACUUUUCAGACAAAUCAAGGGCUUUCAUUUAAUACAAUGUGGGGCAUUAUGUAAAUAUGAUGUGGCUUAUGGGAGCGGCUUUCCCCUUUGACGCCGUAACAUUUGAGGCCAUUAUAUACUAUACUUACACUAGCUUUAUGAUCCAUAUUUAUUGUAGUUAACACCUACCUGAUAUAUGUGUGUGCUGUGGAAACAGACAUUGUACUGUGAGCUUUCAAAGGACCAGUUUUUCCAAACCCCGUCAGUGACUGCCUUACAGUAAUCCCUCAUUUUUAAAAUGACUUUUUUAUUUGUGCAGACUUUUAUUUGGGAAUUUAUGUGAAUAUCUUUCAAUGCUUGUUGGAAAUCAGGUUUUCUUAAAAGAAUGGGACGGACACAUCUAUAUUUUUAUAUGUAUAAAGACAUGUGAUGAAUCAAAGUAUUACUACUGUCUGUUUAACAUGUCUGAACUUAAUAUAAAAUCACUGUCCAAACAACA